AUGUGUGCUAAACCUAAGAUUCUAAUACCAAGAAGAAAUAGAAAUGAUAUCGUAUCCGACAGUGAAGAAUUCAAAAGAAUCUCUGCGCAAGUAGAGUUCAUUUACCAUGACCUAACCACUUCGGAUGCUUUCAAAAAAUUCUUGCCAACCAGUGAUAUUGAUGCACUUUGGUUCACAGAAGCAUUGAUGGAUAACAUGGAGGCACCAUCAAAAUACAUGGAAUACUAUCCGAAGUCAUUGAAGUUGAUCAUGGUUCCAUGGGUCGGGACAGAUUUCUACGACGGUAAAUUGUUGAAAGAAAAGUACGGUAUCACACUCUGUAAUGGAGGUCCAGUGGCAUCUGAGAAUGUGUCUGAUCUAGCAAUAUUUUUGACAUUGAGUUGUUUCCGUCUUACUUCAUUUUGGGAACACGCAUUUAGAUUUGUACACAGAGGUGACAUCUCUAAAUGCAGAGAGUACAUUGGAGGUACUCAUCAUGAUACAAUCCCAGGGUUUGCUCUAGUAGAGAGCAACACCGAGAUGCACCGCUCAACAUCUACAGAGCAAAAAUUUCCUACUAAAGCUGAUAAGGAUAAGUUUUUGAACAUUGCACAGGACUAUAAGAUUGCUGGUAAGUUGAUGGAAUCACCAACAAGUAAAAAUGCCCUUAUUUUGGGCUUCGGCUCGAUUGGUCAGGCCAUCGGUAGAAAAUUAAACUCUAGCUUCAAUAUGAAAAUAUCGUACACUAAAAGAAACGGCCCAGUUCCCGAAGCUGAUCUUGGUUACGAAGCACAAUACAUGCCCUCUAUGGAGGACGAGUUGUUCUGGAAAGAUGCCGAUUUAAUUGUCUUAGCACUACCAGGAACACCUGAAACGGAAGAUAUUAUCAACGAAAAAACUCUCUCCCUUUGUAAAAAUGGAGUUAGAAUUGUCAACGUCGGUCGUGGGUCUUGUAUCGACGAAGAUGCGUUAUUAGAUGCACUAGAUAGCGGAAAAGUGGCAUCUGCAGGUUUAGAUGUUUUUAAAAAUGAAUUCCAGCAGAUAAAUCCAAGGUUUUUUGAGAGAUGGGAUGUCACCUUACUACCACAUAUCGGUUCUACAGUGUUAGAAAUUCUACAGAGACAAACUGCCGCUACACUAGAAAACAUCGAUGGGUUCUUCCUCAAAAAAACAGGUCCAAAAUACCCUGUAAACUAA